AUGAGCGAGGGUACAGAUGCAGCCAGAGAUGCUGCGCAUGCUGCCUGCGAGUGUGGCCGCGAUCAUCGACAGGCAGGAAAUCGCACUUGUGAACCCGUCGGACUCAUGUCUCAUCUACACGUUACGGUGCAAGAAUUCUUGGACGCCCAAGAAGUCCUGGAAUUUGGAAAGGACGGCCCAAUGGCCCCGUGCCUGCUGGGAGGAACCAUGGAGUAUUACACCUUCGUUCUAGCAUCAUUUUCAGAAUCCCAAACAACCAGCGAGAAACACCCAGAGUGGCAUCUCGCGGCAGAGAUUGCAAGGUUGCGCAGGUACUUUGACCAGGUCGCGGAAAACUGUGCUGAGAAAAAGAACGGCUGUUCCGACCAAGAUCUUGAGAACCGGAGCUUCCUGCCUGAGAUUUCUGGAAACGAGGAAAAGACGCUUUCGGACGCAAAAAACAAGGUCCACGAGUUCUGGGACACCUGCUACGACGCUAUAGAAGUUUGGGGCAUUCUGAACCUCCGCCGUGACAAUGACCCCGAGGGAUGCCUGCCAGUCGUAGACAAGGCCUUCAAAGACGCACUCGAUGCAAUCAUGUUGUUGCCCGAUAGCGAGAACACAACGGCGCAAGAGCUUUCCAGGCAGCUGCACGAGAUAUUGAACGAGACUCGACGUCUAUUCAAUUUUUCCAAGGGCAGACACAGACAAUAA